AUGCAAAACCAAGAUGUUACCAUUGAGAAGCUUGAAACACAAGUUGGUUACCUAUUCAAUCAGACUUCUAACAACAACAGAAGUAAAAAGGAGGAGUGUCAAGCUAUCACUCUUAGGAGUGGGAAGGAGCUGAAGGGAUUUGACCAGAAGAAACUAGAAGAAGAGUCAAUUGAGGAAGGAGAAAAGCAAGAUGGAGACCAAAGCCCAACUUCUAAAAGUCAAAAAGAAGAAGGGAAGCUGAAACCGGAUGUCCUGAGAGUUCCAUACCCUCAGCAAUUGAAGAAAAAGGGAGACGACAACCAUGCUAUCAUUCAGCACAAAUUACCCCAGAAAUUGAAGGAUCCAGGGAGUUUUCAGAUCCCCUAUGUCAUAGGUGAGAUCACGGUAGAGAAGGCUCUUUGUGACUUAGGAGCCAGCAUCAAUUUGAUGUCAGUAGCUAUGAUGAGGAAAAUGAAGAUCUAA